AAGGUAUUUUGUACUUUGAAAACAGCAGAAUGUGAUAAUUAGCUGCUUUGUUUCAAACUCUUGAUUUUUAAAAUCUAUAUCUUCGAUCCCUAAUGUGAUAUAUCCAUCCAGGAAUGAUCAAAAGGAUACAAAGAAUGACUCACUGACCUUCAAUUUGUUGUGCCUAUGCAUGUUGUUUUGUUUUUUUCAUACAUGUUUGUUGUUGCAACACAAUUAAUACUUUAGAUUUGAGCGUUGAACCCAUUCUUAAUCAUGUUGUUAAACAGUGAUUCCUUCUUAAUGCUUGUGACAUAAUUGUACACUUUAUUUGUAGUUAUUGGAGACAAAACUGAAACAAAAUGUAUGUAUUUAUUUAGGGGUAUGGAGAUUAGUGGCUUAAACAAAAAUUGCUUUAUCAGUAGUUGACGAGGGUGUCAGCCUUACCUACAAGGGUUGUGUGAAACACGUCAGAGAUAUAUUCAGCAAAUGUUUGCUAUGUCUUGGCUGUAAAACUUCAGAAAGUGGGAAAAAAAAAAAAAAAAAAACUUGAGCAAUCUCAAUAUAAGACAAGCACCAAAUGACCAUCACAGCCUUUGGUGACAGCAGGCCCGCUGUGGCAACAAUGAGGUGGAGAUCUGUGUGUCUGAGCAUUGUUGCGCUCUUUCUCGUCACUGAGGUGCAGACUAGACUGGUUCGCAACCAUGUCAGCAGCAUCUGUAGCACAUGGGGCAGAGAGCACUUCAAGACUUUUGACGGAGACGUGUUCCAGUUUCCUGGGUUGUGCGAAUACAACUUGGUCUCAGACUGCCAUGAGCUCUACCAGGAGUUUUCAGUGCAUCUGAAAAGAACAGAAGUGGAUGGAAAGCCCACGGUCAGCUAUGUGGUGGUCACCGUCAACGACCUGUUGUUCCACAUCACCAAGAGUCUCGUUGUUUUCAACAGUGAGAUUGUCACUUUGCCGUACUACCAGGGGGGUGUCCAAGUGGAAAAAAAUGCAGUUUACACAAAGCUCCAGGCCAAAGUCGGCUUCACUGUCAUGUGGAACGGGGAUGAUGCUGUCAUGGUGGAAAUUGACAAUGACUACGCAAAUCGCACGUGUGGACUUUGUGGCGACUUUAACGGUUUUCCAGUCCAUAAUGAGUUCAUGCAUAAUGGUCGCAAAAUCAGCCCCAUUGAAUUUGGCAACAAACACAAAGUCCACCGGCCAAACGAUGACUGCGAGGAUCCCUAUGAAGAGGAAGAAUUACUGGAGACCAUGAAAGAAGCUGAAUCUUGCAAAGAGUUUCGACCCACUUGUGAGGAAAUGCUCAUUUCAGAGUCUUGGAGCUCCUGCAUCAAACUGAUCAACCCUGAAGUUUACAUCCAGGCUUGUGUGCAGGACAUGUGCGGCUGUAGCAACAGCUCAGAUGACUUCUGUGUCUGCAGCACACUGUCAGAGUUCUCUCGCCAGUGCUCCCACGCCGGAGGACAACCUCCCAACUGGAGGUCGCCUCAGUUCUGUGACAAACAGUGUCCGUACAACAUGGUGUUUGAGGAGAGUGGUUCACCUUGCAUGGACACCUGUACACAUCAAGACACGAGUUCACUGUGCGAAGAACACAAAAUUGACGGCUGUUUUUGUCCUCCUGGAACUGUAUUUGAUGACAUUUCCAUGAGGGGAUGUAUUGAUAAGUCUGAUUGUCAGUGCAAGCAUAUCAACAUCUAUAACCCUGGAGAGGUGUAUCGACAGGACGCAGAGGAAUGUACAUGUUUUGAAGGGAGAUGGAUUUGUGUUAGUCUUCAAAGACGGGCUUUGUGCUCAGUUGAAGAGGGUUCACACUUCACUACUUUUGAUGGGAAAGCGUACACCUUCCACGGAGACUGUUACUACACUCUGGCCAAAGUGGACAGAAAGGACGACAUGAGCCCAAAGUUUACCAUCCUUGCCCAGCUGGUGCCAUGUGCACACCAACAGUUUGACACUUGUCUGAAAACCCUUAAAGUCCUGGUGAACAAUGACAGAAACAAUGUGUUAACAUUCACACCAGAUGGGUCGGUUCAGCAGAACAGUCAGCCUGUCAGCCUGCCAUACUACUCAGGAGACAUCACCAUAUUCCAGGCUUCAUCCUUUCAUAUAUUGAUGCAGACUAGAUUUGGGAUACAAAUUCAAGUGCAGCAUGUUCCCGUCAUGCAGGUCUACAUCACCUUGGAGCAGAGCUACAAAGCAAAGACGCGCGGUUUAUGUGGGGACUUCAACAUGGUUCUGAGCGACGACAUGAGGACUCCUCAGGGGAUUGUGGAAGGAACUGCUGGAUCCUUCGCUAACUCCUGGAAGGCUAACCUCAUGUGCAGUGACGCAGAGGAAAGACUUGAUGACCCGUGUUCUCUUAGCAUUGAAAAUGAGUUGUAUGCCAAACACUGGUGUGCCUUGCUCCGAAGUCCAAAAAGUGAAUUCACACCGUGCCAUUCAGUGGUGGACCCUGAAGCAUUCUACAAGCGAUGCAUGUAUUCUAGCUGUAAUUGUGAGAAGAGCGAGGCCUGCCUGUGUGCUGUCUUCUCCUCCUAUGCUCGAGCUUGUGCUGCAAAGGGGGUGUUCCUGACAGACUGGAGCGAGAACGUCUGCAAUAAAUACACAGACAACUGCCCAGAGACUCAGGUCUUCUCUUACAAACAUCAGAGAUGCCAGCUGACGUGCAGAUCCCUGAGCUCAGAGCAGCAGAGCUGCUCCUCUGACUUCCUGCCUGUGGAUGGAUGCUCCUGCGCUGAGGGCUCCUAUCUGAAUGAAAACCACAUGUGUGUUCCCAUGGCAAAAUGUUCCUGUUAUCACAACGGAGCUUACAUCCAGGCAGGAAAGUCCAUCAACAUCAAAGACGAGCACUGUGUGUGCAACAAUGGAUUGCUUCAUUGCCAUUCUUGGCGAUCCCGAUCAGCAGCGUGUCCAUUUCCAAGAGAGUUCUUCAACUGUUCUGCUGCAAGCAGAGAAGAAACAGAACUGCAGUGCGUUCAAAGUUGUUUAAAUUUGGACAACGAUGAUUGUGGCUUCACAGAGUGUGAGUCUGGCUGCCGGUGUCCCAGCGGCCUCCUUGAUGAUGGCAGAGGAUUCUGCGUGAAGCAAAGUGACUGUCCGUGUCAGCAUGAUGGUCAGAUUUAUGCCCCAAGAUCACAAAUUUCAAAACAGUGCAACAAAUGUACCUGCAAAAGUGGUAAAUGGGAGUGCUCAAAGAAAAAAUGUCCAGAAACCUGCGUUAUCUAUGGAAGUGGCCACUACGAUACAUUUGAUCGCCGCACUUAUGGAUUUCAGGGACACUGCGGUUAUGUAGCCAUGAAGAAUAACUGUGGCAAUAAAACUGGAGAAAACAGGUUUGGAGUUAUCACAGAAAACGUUCCUUGUGGAUCUACAUCUGCAACUUGCUCCAAAAAUGUCAAAGUUCAACUUGGGCGGACAGAAAUCAUACUGACAAGGGGUAAAUACAAGGUGGAGGACCUUGAAGUUGGAGCACAGCUCAAAUAUAGAAUAAGGAGGGUAGGGAUGUACCUGGUGGUAGAAUCUGACAUUGGUCUGGUAGUGAUGUGGGAUCGCAGAACAACUAUUCGCAUCCUGCUGGAACCUCAGCACAGCGGUGAGGUAUGUGGUCUGUGUGGGAAUUUUGAUGGUGAUGUACAGAAUGACUUCACCACUCAGAGUCAGUUGGUGGUUACUAAUCCACUAGAAUUUGCAAACAGUUGGAAAGUGAGGAGCAGCUGCAAAGAUGUGGAUGAGAACGUUGAUCCUUGCGAUUUAGAACCCAAACGACAGCACUGGUCUAAAAUGAUGUGCAGCAUCAUCACAGGAACAACAUUCCAACAUUGUCACACUAAGGUUGACCCCCAGUCUUUCUAUGACAACUGUGUGAAAGACUCCUGUGCCUGUGAUGCUGGAGGAGACUGUGAGUGUUUCUGCUCGGCUGUUGCUGCAUAUGCUCAAGCCUGUAACGAGGCUGGAGUCUGUGUUAAAUGGAGAACUCCCGACCUUUGUCCUGUUUUUUGUGAUUACUAUAACAACCCAGAUGAUUGCACAUGGCACUACCAUCCUUGCCACACACCUUGCUACAAAACUUGUCUAAACCCACAAGGAAUAUGUAGCAACCCAAUACCAAAUCUCGAAGGCUGUUAUCCUGUAUGUCCAGAGGAUAAACCAAUUUUUGAUGAAAGAAACCAAACUUGUGUGGAAGAUUGCCAUUGCUGCAUUUACAAUGGGACAGUAUAUGAAGAAAAUGAGGUCAUUUAUAAUGUGACAGACAAUUUGGGAAUGUGCUACUAUGCAAUCUGCAUAAAUUCAACAGUAAUACACAGCAACGAAUCCUGUGCAACAACAACAACUACACCUCCUACCCAAUCCACAACUACUUUGGAGACAACUAUACUCACCACAACGACCCCCACUGUGGCAACAACAACCACACUAGGGAUAACCACCACAACUGAAGCUACAACCAUAUCCACCAAACAAACUACGACUACCACAGAGCAAACCAUCACAACUCCAAAAGCAACAACUCCACCUGAGUUCACAAGUACCACUCCAGAGUCGACCGCCACAACUACAACCACUGUGGCAACAACAACCACACCAGAGAUAACUACAACAACGGAGGCUACAACCACACACACAAAAGAAUCCCCAACAACCCCAAAGCACACCACCACGACUCCACAAACAACAACCACACCCACUGUUGUAACAACUGGAACCACUGAGUCAACGACCACUACGAUUGUGGAAAGUACUACAACCCCUGAGAUUAUCACCACAACAAAGGCUACAACUACACCCACAAAUACAGUGUGUGUUCCCACAUGUGAGUGGUCAGAGUGGUAUGAUGUACAUAACCCAUCUACGGACAAAAAUGACUGGGAGACGUAUGAAAACAUUACACACAGUGGUCUGCAGAUUUGCAAAGAUCCAGAGUUACUCGAAUGUAGGUCAGUUGAUAAACCAGAAAUGGAUUUUGAUGACUUUAUAGCUGAGACUGAACAAACUGUUGAAUGUAACAAAACGUUUGGCUUAAUAUGUAAAAAAGAAAAUCAGCCUUUAAGACCAGGAAAGUGUUUUAACUACAAGAUUAGAGUGUGCUGCCCUGUUAACAUUUGUCAAACAACUCCAUCUACAACUACGACCCCAAAGUCUACCACAACAACUACAACCGCUGUGGAAACAACAACUCCACCAGAGAUAACCACCACAGCUGAAGCUACAACAACAUCCACCAAACAAACAACUCCCACAGAGCCAACCACCACAACUAAAAUAACUUUACCAACAGAGUUCACCACUACCACCCCAGGAUCAACAACAACAACUACAACCACAGUAGAAACAACAACCCCACCAGAGAUAACCACCACAACUGAAGCAACAACCACACCCACCAAACAAACUACGACUACCACAGAGUCAACCACAACAGCAAAAAUAACUUUACCACCUGAGUUCACCACUACCACCCCAGGGGAAACAACAACUACAACCACAUUGGAAACAACAACUCCACCAGAGAUAACCACCACAACUGAAGCUACAACAACACCCACCAAACAAACAACUCCCACAGAGCCAACCACCACAACUAAAAUAACGUUACCACCAGAGUUCACCACUACCACCCCAGGGGAAACAACAACAACUACAACCACAGUGGAAACAACAACUCCACCAGAGAUAACCACCACAACUGAAGCAACAACCACAUCCACCAAACAAACUACGACUACCACUGAGCCAACCACAACAGCUAAAAUAACUUUACCACCUGAGUUCACCAGUACCACCCCAGGGGAAACAACAACUACAACCACAUUGGAAACAACAACUCCACCAGAGAUAACCACCACAACUGAAGCUACAACAACACCCACCAAACAAACGACUCCCACAGAGCCAACCACCACAGCUAAAAUAACUUUACCACCUGAGUUUACCAGUACCACCCCAGGGGAAACAACAACUACAACCACAUUGGAAACAACAACUCCACCAGAGAUAAUCCCCACCACUGAAGCUACAACCACACCCACAAAACAAACUACAACUACCACAGAGUCAACUACAACAGCUAAAAUAACAUUACCACCUGAGUUCACCAGUACCACCCCAGGGUCAACAACAACAACUACAACCACAGUGGAAACAACAACUCCACCAGAGAUAACCACCACAACUAAAGCUACAACAACACCCACCAAACAAACCACUCCCACAGAGCCAACCACCACAACUAAAAUAACGUUACCACCAGAGUUCACCACUACCACCCCAGGGUCAACAACAACAACUACAACCACAGUGGAAACAACAACUCCACCAGAAACAACAACCCCACCAGAGAUAACCACCACAACUGAAGCUACAACAACACCCACCAAACAAACGACUCCCACAGAGCCAACCACCACAACUAAAAUAACUUUACCACCAGAGUUCACCACUACCACCCCAGGGGAAACAACAACAACUACAACCACAGUGGAAACAACAACCACACCACAGAUAAUCACCACAACUGAAGCUACAACCACAUCCACCAAACAAACUACGACUACCACAGAGUCAACCACAACAGCUAAAAUAACUUUACCACCUGAGUUCACCACUACCACCCCAGGGGCAACAACAACAACUACAACCACAUUGGAAACAACAACUCAACCAGAGAUACCCACCACAACUGAAGCUACAACAACACCCACCAAACAAACGACUCCCACAGAGCCAACCACCACAACUAAAAUAACGUUACCACCUGAGUUCACCACUACCACCCCAGGGUCAACAACAACAACUACAACCACAUUGGAAACAACAACUCAACCAGAGAUACCCACCACAACUGAAGCUACAACAACACCCACCAAACAAACGACUCCCACAGAGCCAACCACCACAACUAAAAUAACGUUACCACCUGAGUUCACCACUACCACCCCAGGGUCAACAACAACAACUACAACCACAUUGGAAACAACAACUCAACCAGAGAUACCCACCACAACUGAAGCUACAACAACACCCACCAAACAAACGACUCCCACAGAGCCAACCACCACAACUAAAAUAACUUUACCACCUGAGUUCACCACUACCACCCCAGGGUCAACAACAACAACUACAACCACAGUGGAAACAACAACCCCACCAGAGAUAACCACCACAACUGAAGCAACAACCACAUCCACCAAACAAACUACGACUACCACAGAGUCAACCACAACAGCUAAAAUAACUUUACCACCUGAGUUCACCAGUACCACCCCAGGGUCAACAACAACAACUACAACCACAUUGGAAACAACAACUCAACCAGAGAUACCCACCACAACUGAAGCUACAACAACACCCACCAAACAAACGACUCCCACAGAGCCAACCACCACAACUAAAAUAACGUUACCACCUGAGUUCACCACUACCACCCCAGGGUCAACAACAACAACUACAACCACAGUGGAAACAACAACCCCACCAGAGAUAACCACCACAACUGAAGCAACAACCACAUCCACCAAACAAACUACGACUACCACAGAGUCAACCACAACAGCUAAAAUAACUUUACCACCUGAGUUCACCAGUACCACCCCAGGGUCAACAACAACAACUACAACCACAUUGGAAACAACAACUCAACCAGAGAUACCCACCACAACUGAAGCUACAACAACACCCACCAAACAAACGACUCCCACAGAGCCAACCACCACAACUAAAAUAACGUUACCACCUGAGUUCACCACUACCACCCCAGGGUCAACAACAACAACUACAACCACAUUGGAAACAACAACUCAACCAGAGAUACCCACCACAACUGAAGCUACAACAACACCCACCAAACAAACGACUCCCACAGAGCCAACCACCACAACUAAAAUAACGUUACCACCUGAGUUCACCACUACCACCCCAGGGUCAACAACAACAACUACAACCACAUUGGAAACAACAACUCAACCAGAGAUACCCACCACAACUGAAGCUACAACAACACCCACCAAACAAACGACUCCCACAGAGCCAACCACCACAACUAAAAUAACGUUACCACCUGAGUUCACCACUACCACCCCAGGGUCAACAACAACAACUACAACCACAUUGGAAACAACAACUCAACCAGAGAUACCCACCACAACUGAAGCUACAACAACACCCACCAAACAAACGACUCCCACAGAGCCAACCACCACAACUAAAAUAACGUUACCACCUGAGUUCACCACUACCACCCCAGGGUCAACAACAACAACUACAACCACAGUGGAAACAACAACCCCACCAGAGAUAACCACCACAACUGAAGCUACAACAACACCCACCAAACAAACGACUCCCACAGAGCCAACCACCACAACUAAAAUAACGUUACCACCUGAGUUCACCACUACCACCCCAGGGUCAACAACAACAACUACAACCACAUUGGAAACAACAACUCCACCAGAGAUAACCACCACAACUGAAGCUACAACAACACCCACCAAACAAACGACUCCCACAGAGCCAACCACCACAACUAAAAUAACUUUACCACCUGAGUUGACAACUACCACCCCAGGGUCAACAUCAACAACUACAACCACAGUGGAAACAACAACUCCACCAGAGAUAACCACCACAACUGAAGCUACAACAACACCCACCAAACAAACCACUCCCACAGAGCCAACCACCACAACUAAAAUACCUUUACCACCUGAGUUGACAACUACCACCCCAGGGUCAACAUCAACAACUACAACCACAGUGGAAACAACAACUCCCCCAGAGAUAACCACCACAACUGAAGCUACAACCACACCCACCAAACAAACUACGACUACCACAGAGUCAACCACAACAGCUAAAAUAACUUUACCACCUGAGUUCACCACUACCACCCCAGGGGAAACAACAACAACUACAACCACAUUGGAAACAACAACUCAACCGGAGAUAACCACCACAACUGAAUCUACAACAACACCCACCAAACAAACUACGACUCCCACAGAGCCAACCACCACAACUAAAAUAACGUUACCACCUGAGUUCACCACUACAACCCCAGGGUCAACAACAACAACUACAACCACAGUGGAAACAACAACCCCACCAAAGAUAACCACCACAACUGAAGCUACAACCACAUCCACCAAACAAACUACGACUACCACAGAGUCAACCACAACAGCUAAAAUAACUUUACCACCUGAGUUUACCAGUACCACCCCGGGGUCAACAACAACAACUACAACCACAUUGGAAACAACAACUCAACCAGAGAUACCCACCACAACUGAAGCUACAACAACACCCACCAAACAAACGACUCCCACAGAGCCAACCACCACAACUAAAAUAACGUUACCACCUGAGUUCACCACUACCACCCCAGGGUCAACAACAACAACUACAACCACAGUGGAAACAACAACCCCACCAGAGAUAACCACCACAACUGAAGCUACAACCACAUCCACCAAACAAACUACGACUACCACAGAGUCAACCACAACAGCUAAAAUAACUUUACCACCAGAGUUCACCACUUCCACCCCAGGGGAAACAACAACAACUACAACCACAUUGGAAACAACAACUCAACCAGAGAUAACUACCACAACUGAAGCAACAACCACAUCCACCAAACAAACUACGACUACCACACUGCCAACCACAACAGCUAAAAUAACUUUACCACCUGAGUUCACCAGUACCACCCCAGGGGAAACAACAACUACAACCACAUUGGAAACAACAACUCCACCAGAGAUAACCACCACAACUGAAGCGACAACCACAUCCACCAUACAAACUACGACUACCACACAGCCAACCACAACAGCUAAAAUAACAUUACCACCUGAGUUCACCACUACCACCCCAGGGUCAACAACAACAACUACAACCACAGUGGAAACAACAACCCCACCAGAGAUAACCACCACAACUGAAGCAACAACCACAUCCACCAAACAAACUACGACUACCACACAGCCAACCACAACAGCUAAAAUAACUUUACCACCAGAGUUCACCACUACCACCCCGGGGGAAACAACAACUACAACCACAUUGGAAACAACAACUCCACCAGAGAUAACCACCACAACUGAAGCUACAACCACAUCCACCAAACAAACUACAACUACCCCAGAGGCAACCACCAUAACUCAAAAAACAACUUUACCACCUGAGUUUACCACUACCACCCCAGAGACACCCACUUCAACAAUGACCACCUCUACUACAAUAACCAGUUUUACUAUAGUCACAGGUCCACCCUCUACAAGCACCACAAUUUCCUACUUAACAGAUAACAUUGUAACAGGCCAUACUCCGCCAUCAUAUCAAAGUACACAAUCCACUACUGAAGUUUUUACAACGGAAUGCUUUUGCAUUAUCAAUGGAACACAUUAUAAACCAGGAGCGGUAAUAUUUGAUAUGUACCACAUUGGAUCAGGGAUUUGCCUAACAAUGAUAUGUUCAGAUAUCUGUCAAAUUAUUAACAAGACUGACACUUGUCAUACUACUCGACCUACACCUGAACCAACAUCUACAUCCUCUGUACCAUCAUGUCCUGAAUGGGAUGUUGUACAAAAUGAAACCUUUGUCUUGUGCAAUUGUACAAUGGCCAAAUGCAUUGAAAAUAAUACAAUUGAAAUAGUACCAUACGAGUGUCCCCCUCUACAAAAUAUAACCUGUGCCAAUGGAAAGAAACCUGUUCUUGCGUAUGAUGAGUUCUUCUGUUGCCAGCAUUACGUCUGUGACUGUGUAUGUGAGGGCUGGGGUGAUCCCCAUUACAUCACAUUUGAUGGAUUGUAUUACAGUUACCAAGGAAACUGUACAUACAUUUUGAUGGAAGAGAUUACCAAAACACAUGAUCUAAAAAUCUAUGUUGAUAAUGUUUAUUGUGAUCCCACUGAAGAUGUUUCUUGUCCACGAUCCAUAAUUAUAUCAUUUAAAUCCCAAAUUAUCACACUUAUAAAUCACAACUUGAUUGGAGCACCAGAGUUAGAGGCUUUUGAAAAUGGUGCAAGUCUGAGACUACCUUAUUCACAGCAUGGAAUGAAGGUCUUGAGUACUAACCUCAACUUGAUAUUUGAGAUCCCUCGUCUUAAAGUAGUAAUAACAUUUGGAAUGACUGGUUUUAGUAUUACCCUUCCCUAUCAGUCCUUUGGAGGGAACACCCAGGGCCACUGUGGUACAUGCACCAACAAUCAGGCUGAUGACUGUAUGUUGCCUGGAGGCCAGCUGGUGGAAAGCUGUGCUAUAAUGGCAGACUACUGGCUAGCACAAGACAUUUAUCAACCAGAUUGUGAAGUACCAUCUGUGUUACCCACUAAUCCACCCAAACCUCCACCUGAGCCAACUCCCUGCAACCCCGAUUCUAUAUGUGAUUUGAUGAAAAGCAGUGUUUUUGCAGAGUGUCAUCCUUUAGUGUCUCCUGACAACUUCUACAGAGGCUGUGUUUUUGACAGCUGCCACGUUUCCAACCCAGCAGUGGAGUGCACAAGUUUGCAAACUUAUGCUGCUGCCUGUGCUCAAGCUGGUGUUUGCCUCCACUGGAGGAAUCAUACAAAACUGUGUGAUUAUAGCUGCCCCUCAGACAAGAUUUAUAAGCCUUGUGGUCCUGCAGAACAGCCAACUUGUGAAGACAAUCUCAGUGAACCGAGCUUAAACUUCACCAUUGAAGGAUGCUUUUGCCCUGAUGGAAUGAAACUCUUCAACAAAGAGUCUGGAAUAUGUGUUGACAAGUGUGGAUGUCUUGAUCCUGAGGGCAUUCCUCGAGAGUUCAAUGAAAGAUUUGAAUACAACUGCCAGGAUUGCAUUUGUGAUGAGUCCACCAAAACUGUCAUUUGCAAACCGAAAACAUGCCCACCACCACACACCACCGAAUGUGCUGCUCCAGGGUUUGUUGUUGUGAACCAAACAAAUCCAGCAGACCCAUGCUGUUCUGACUAUGUUUGCGAGUGUCAAGUGAGCACCUGUCCUGCCACCAGUAUAAACUGUCAGGUUGGAUAUAAACCUGUUAUGAGUGUUCCUGAGGGAAAAUGCUGCCCCGAGUAUUCAUGUGAGCCAAAAAGGGUUUGUGUUCACAAAGAAGUUGAAUAUCAGCCUGGGGCUUCAGUUCCUGCACAUGAAUGCCAGAACUGUAUUUGCAGCAACGAGAUUGACCCAAAAACCGGUUUGUUCAAAGUGGUGUGCGAAUUUAUACUGUGUGACCAAAACUGUGAUGCGGGAUUUGAAUAUGUGGAGUCAGAUUCUGAUGAGUGCUGUGGAAAAUGUGUACAGAAAGACUGUGUGAUCAAAUUCAACGGUACCCAACAUCUAUUGACGGAAGGACAAACCUGGUCGCCACCUGGCAAUAAGUGUGAUCAAUACACCUGUGUUAAGAAUGAUGACAUUUUGACAGCUAUCAUGUCACACAUUAUCUGCCCGAUGUUCCAAGAGGACAACUGUGAACCCGACUCGAUUCAGACAGCAGCAAACGGGUGUUGUAAAAUCUGUGUGGAGAAAGAGAAGGCCUGCAAGGUGGUGUCUAUGAAAACUCGAGUUACACACAAUGGCUGUCAGACUGAAGAAGAGGUGGACAUGCCAUACUGUGAAGGAUCCUGCAACACAUUCACCAAGUAUUCUGAAGCAGCUGCUGCUAUGCAACAUUCUUGCUCUUGCUGCAAAGAAACUAGCUUCACCAACCGCACCGUUGACCUGCUGUGUCUAACUGGAGACAAGAUCCCCUUCACUUACAUGCACGUUGAGGAGUGUGGCUGUGGCCACACGGGCUGCACCAAGCCUGCAGGACAACCUUCUCGCAGGAAGCGAAGCUUCACGCUGCAGUGACAAAACUAUCCAUCCUCAUGUUACCAACUAAAACAUGUGAAUCUCUUUUCUUCUUCUGUUCUCACAAUCGCAACCUCUUACACAGUAAAUUGAAAUGAACUAUGUAUUUAUCAGCUGAUUAAAUAAAACUAAGCAACUAAAAAA